CUCUUCCAGAUACGAAGUCUGUGUUGGCGAAACGCUGACUCCUGACGUCUAUAUGACCUGUGACGUCAUUGUCACGGAAGAGGACGUGCCUGGCCCCCAUCGCUGAGUCUGGCUCCUGCAGCAUCCAGGCGAGGGCACUCACUGGCGCUGUGACGUCACGUGGGGCGGCCCAGAGAAGACCCAUGGCAGAAUCAGAGGGUACCUCGUCGAGUGGAAGGACCGCGAAGGAUACGUCCUAAUGGAGAGCCUCCCGAGGGGCGUCCUGUGCGACCCGCUCUGCUACGAGUCCCAGGUCGUCAACUUUCACCCGACGGAGGUCUGCGUCUCGGCGAGGACCAGGGCGGGGCAGGGCUGGGAGAGCUGCGCGCCCAUCCACGACGUCUCGGGAAGAAUCCUCGCCUUCUUCGAGUUAAAAGUGAUGCUGAUCAUCGGGAUCACCAUCCUCAUCUACCAGCUCGGUCCGGCGAUCCUGAGGGCGGUGCUCAAGUGCUGCCUCCGGGGUCUCUACCGACAUGUCGAAGGAGAGAAGAAGCAUCCGGUGUGACGUGAGCGCUUCUCUCCGCCCGGUGUCACGUCAGCUGAGUCACACUUCUAUUUUUUACAUGAAAUAAAUCCUCUUAAAGAAA